UAUGCAGCUGAGCUGGAGCGACGGUCGAGCAAAGAUAAUCUACUGAAUUUCUGGGUGGAGCUGUCUUAAUCUCAUGGAAUUUGUUAAUUUCUCGAGUAUCUUUCUCUCCCAUUACUAUUGAUUGAUACCUUUCUGAGUAUUACCGUCAAAGAAUCGCUGACCCAUGCCUGUUGGACCGAAGUCACUACUCAGAAGAAACGGAGAGAUGAAUUCUCGGAACCGGAACCGACCUACCCCUCCAGAGCGUAGAUUUCGAGGUAUUGAUGUGACGAACCCUGCAUACAUAACUCAGGUUACGCAAUCGCAGUACCGUAUCUCACCGGCCGAAGCGCUGACUAAGAUGAAGAUGUUGGAGCAUUGUGAUCGUGCUGUGAUCAAUCCUAUGUUUCAUACACCCUCCCCAGACCAUCCAUCUAAUGAUCCAAAAAUCAAUGAGUUCAUCAGUGUAGACAAAGCGGUUAUCAAUUUUUUCUUCGGUCGAGGUGUACCAGAUUACAAUAAAAUCAAGGCUACUAAUAAUGAUGACCAACGGAGCCACAUACAUACACCUCCAGACAAUUGGGUAGACCAGUAUCCCCUUCACAGUGCUGCGUAUGAAGGUAAUGCUAACGAGGUUGCGCAACUUCUUCACAGAGGCUACCCAGCUGAUCAACCUGAUGUACAUCUAUGGGUCCCACUGCACUAUGCUUGUUGGAAUGGACAUGUAGAAGCUGUGAAAACUCUACUUCUGAAUCACAACUGUUCGCCAAACACAGAGAAUGACAGUGGAUCGACACCGCUUCAUUUCUCAGCAUUCAAAGGUCACGCCGAGGUUGUGCGAUUACUGUUAAAUCAUCGAGAUAUUGACAAGUAUGUAGUGAAUAAAGAAGGAAGAACUCCCCUUCAACUUUGUGAAGAAUCCAGACAAAAUGACUGGGAAACAACAAGAAAACUACUCAAAGAAGCCAAAGAAAAACCAUCUCACAUAAAGAUUGAUGUACAUCUAAUGGACCUGGAUGGUUCACAUGUGGUGCUAGAUCUGGAGAAAGGCAGUAAUACAUUAAUAGCAGACCUUGUUCAGCAAUUGCAGUUACCAAGAGGAGGUCAUCAGAUCUUCGCUGUAUGGAUUGCUUCACAAAACCUUCACUUACAGAUGAGGCCUGAGCACAAGCCUGUAUUACAUUUAAAGCAAUGGGAUUCCAUCAUCAGACAACUCACGAAUUACAACCCUGAUACAGAGCGCCCUCUGUUGUAUCUCAGGAGAGAUGCUCUGCUCACCGUAGAAGAAGAGAGAACGAUUCGAGACCCCCAAGCGAUCAAGAUGCUGUUCGAUGAAAGUUUGCUGAAUGUGUUAAAAGGAAUGUAUCCAUGCAACGAUGCUGAUGCGAUCACCCUAGCAGGAAUUUAUAUGCAGAUUACAUAUGGCGAUCAUGAUCCAAAGAGGCAUAGAGCUGGAUUCUUGAACAACAUCAACCUGAGGCAUUUCAUACCAAGCAUCAAAUUAGAGGGCAAAGGUCAAAGUUCACGGAGCAUGAACUGGGCACAGAAGAUCGUCAAUGAACACCGGAAUGUCACGCAGAAAGGCAUUAGAGAUGUGACGAAAUUGCAAAUGAUGUACUUGGAGAAAUGCCGGUCAUUCCCUGUGUACGGCUCGGCCAUAUUCUUUGGGUCGGCUCAACUAGGGGGCAGUCGUAGAGGUCAAGGAGGGUCACAGAGGUCACCGGCGGCAUUUGUAGGGGUCAACUCAAGAGGGAUACAUCUGAUAAAUGCUAUUAGUAAGAUGAUGAUUCUGAGUGUGGGUUACAAGCAAGGAUUGACGUGGGAGGUGUCGAGUGAUAUGCAGACGUUGACGUUAUUAAUCCAAGAUGGUAAUGGCUAUCGGUCACUACCGGUCAAGACAAAGCAGUCUGCCAUCAUCAGCAAUCUAGCCAACAAGCUUUCAGGACGGAUAAACCAAGAAGACCAGCCGUCGACGAGUAGAGCGAACAGCUUACAGAGGCAUUGAUCUGCAAUCCUUAUCACCCGUUGAACUGAGACCGUUUUCACCAAGUUUUGUUCACUUUCAUGCAUAUGCAUCUCAGUUAACUUCAGAUGAACAACGACCCUAGACUCCUAACGUCACGUUGUAUAUCCGCACCACCGAUACUCGACAGAAGCAUAUGAUGCAGGGAUUAUACAUCCGAUGACCUGGAGCAGAAGUGUGUAUUCAUUUGUUCCUCAGUUUAAUAGUUCGCAUUCCUUGUUUGGUUGAGAUAUAUGCAAAUAAAAGGCUGACAACUCUCUCACGUUCUUCACAUGCUACUAACGUCUCUGUGGAUUACUUUUGACUUUUACCUCAAUAUCUCUGUGCUGAUCAUCCAUGUUGACCGACCAGGCUAGUCAGGCUGCUAUCGUCAAGGGCACCUGCUAGAACCCCAAAGGGAGCAUUCCAUCAACCAAAUAGUCACUGAUUUUCACUUAUAGCUUUUAUAAGCUACUGAAAUCCUUGCAUCUUAUUGGCUCAGAGCAAGUUUGUGAAAAUCAUUGCUUCAUUAAACACUUUCCUGUUUUGGGUAGCUCAUAUCUUGCGCACUUGAAUAUUACAUCGGUUCACAAGUGGAUGCUUGGCACAGAUGAAUUAGAUCUAGGACAGUACUGUGAAAUCCUCAAGUUUUCUACCUACAUGUAAUGUAUCCCCCAAAUUCUUCUACAAACCCUUCUCUGUUAAAAAUUGUUUGAUUUAUGUCUAAGUUGCUCUCAAAGGAAUGUUUUGAACCUAAGUGUUGCUUUGAUGGCCAAUUACUCCAAAAUAACAAGUUUACUGAAAUGGAAUAUGAAAAGAAAAUAAACCACAUAACAUUAGAAAUUUUAGUAGAAUCAGAUGUAGAAUAUUAAAAAGGAUGGCUAAAUUUUACGAAACAGGUGUGAGAAUGAGAGUGCUGGCUGAUAAUGUUGCCUACUUGCCAUUGGUUAUAUUUAUUUGUUUUAAUUCAUUUUGGGUUUGGUUUGGCAUUCAAAAUAGAUAUUAAAACAAGUUUGAAGUUGUGCUACCUCAAGUGAUGUUCGUGCAGGCUCCAAUCCACUUCACUACCGCUACACUACGCUCCACCUACCCGAACAUCAAGGUCCAAAACUCGCUCUGAUACUCCGAGUGGCAAAGGUGGGUCUGAGCUCAGACCCUUGCGCUUGCGCAUGCAAUGUUUUGAAAUCGGCAGCAAAUUAUUUAUACGUGUGAGGAACUCGAUGUUGGCUCUAAAUCACCAAUUUUGAGGCUAACCAGAGGAUGGAUAUGGCGUGAAAUUAGGAUGAAAAGUAAGAAAUUAAGCUUCUCGUUCUUUUAAAGCUAGUUUCGGCGUAGGAUUUUUGCAAUAAAUAUGCAUUUUUUCCCACCUGUGCCUCUCGGAGUAUCAGAGCGAGUUUUGGACCUUGAGGUUCGGGUAGAUGUAACGGUAGUGUAGUGGAAUGGAGCCUGCAUGAACAUCACUUAAGUUAAAGUCGUACAUAACCAAGUACGUAGGAACGCUGUUGCCCGAUUCAAUAUCUACUCUGUAGCAAUACAUGGGAUCACCUGAUCUCAUGAUCACAUGAUUGCAUUCUUUCAUAAAUCUUCCUCAUCUCAUAAUCCUCCACCUCCUAUCUUAUGUUGAAGAUAAAUGAAAAGAGUUGAGAUGCUCUUGAGUAACCACACUGAACGUAGAAAACUGAAGUUUCUUGGUACAGCAAGCCAGAUUCUGUUUCUCAAUAGGCAGUAUGCACAAAUUAAUGUCACUUUGAAUAUACUAAAACUUUCUAAAGUUGAAAUGUGCAUCUAUAACAGAGAAAAAUAGCUCAAUAUCUGCCAAUAUACUAAAAAUAUUGUGGUGUUAAUUAGAAAUAGAAAAAUAUAAAACAAAUCAUGAUUUGAGUGUAUAUUUUGAUAUUCACAGUGACAGUUAUGACUUUUUUUCCUCUAUCUCUUUCUCCGAAUCCUUUAAUAUUCUUCGUAUUUUUUUCCAUUGAUGUCUUUCUCUCAUUUCUCUUCUCUUCCCAUUCUCUUAUUCAUUUUUUCUUUUUCAUCCUUGACUUCUCUCAUCAUUUCAAGCAUCAGGGUAUAUAUCUAUAUAUGUACAUAUAUAGAUAGGUAGAUAGGCCGAUAGAUUAUCUUUGUCAUUUGCAAAAUCAUAUCAACAAAGAUUGUACAGAUUUUUAUCACCAAAUGAUAUCACUGUAAAUUUAUUCUUAUGAUUGGAGAUAAUUGUCAAUUAUUUGUAAAUGUGUGUAUAUAUUUUGGAUAUAAAGAUGUAUAGAUAAAGUUUAUAGUACUAGAUGUAGAAUUUAUAAUAAUUUUUCGCCUAUGAUAUGCUAGGUGUGUAGGUGUGAAUGUGCUUUGUAAUGUGUUAAUGACAGAAAGACAUUUAUAUCUCAUUUAUAAUGUGUUAGUGACAGAAAGACAAUUAUAUCUCAUUUCCUCUAACUCUUGAGUUAACGUCUUUUUGGCUUUUAACAGAUGAUGUAAGUCUAUUUUUAUUUAAAUGCAACUCAUUUAUUCAUCAAGUGCAAAUUGUUUAUAAUUUCAUUGUAAAGUGCUUCAAUCAUGUUUCAAUCAAAAUUGGCUUUGGAUUUUGUUGCAAUUUAUUCAAUAUUUCAUCAGUGAUUAUUAUGUUUAUUAAAAUAAGUUAUUGAACUAUAUGUUUAGGUUAAUAUAUAAUUUGUAAAAAAUGUAUGGGAACUUCUGGGCUCUUGUUCCGUCCUCAUGGCUUUCUUCUUUACUGAUACUUAUCCAGUUGAGAAUGCUUUCAACCCCUAACCCUUUGAAUAUCUAGCCUCUGGGCCCUGUGACAUGAAUAGGUGCAAGUAAUAUUUACAGUCGAUUGUAAGUUUUGGUUUGCAGUAAUCUUGCACUUAUGCCUGAUUGUGCAAAAGCUUGGUAUAUUUUAUAUUACAAGACUCUGACAUGAUAAGAUUAGUGUCAAGCUUUAAACAAAAGUUUCACACCAAAAAUAUUCACAGAGCUUACAGAUAUAUCAUUUUCGUGAAAUCAUACAGAGAUGUUUUGUGAGUCAUAGGGCGAGUGGCACAUCCAGACGUUGGUUCAAGAUACUCAAUGCUAUUACUUGAUAUUUGAAUGUAUUGUUGCUGGAGAUUAUUUGUAACAUUUGGCAUUCUUUCCAAUACAGAAAGAAAGUGACACAAGUACCGGUAAUGCACCAUAUUUCGGUAAAUAUCAGAUUGUGAUGGUUUUAUAGUGUUAGGAAAAUGAUACCAGCUAAUACUUGUUUGAUUCCAUAUGUAUUGGAUGACAUUGUAAAAUGUAUUAAGUCUUAAUCAUGGAUAGCUUUAUCAAACAGACCUCAAGUAACAGAUUUUUUUUCCUCUUUCAUUAUUUUUUUUCAUUUAUUUUGAAUCAAGCUUUCAUAAAGCAAGUCUUGCAGUGCCCCUGUAACCAGUAAAGUUGCAAGCGUUCUUGUUCAGGGGAGUGACUGAACUGUUAUACCAAGGCCCCACUGUCGCAAUGCGCACCACAUUUGAAACCAUGGACUGUAUCGUGGAGUAAUUGUAGUGAUCGUAUCAGAUCUCGUCAGGUAUUGAGGUUAGUCGUGGCAAUCGUUGUGACUGUGAAAAAAUUGUUAGAUGACUCAACAGUUUUCAGGAUCAGCUACGAAAGGCCAGUCAUAACGGAUUGCAUGAUAGUUGGAACGAGGUGUAACAAUUGCAUUUGCUCCUGCAACAAUUUCUCCUAUGGGCAUUUCACACAAGAAGCCAAUUAUUGAAUCUGAUCAGCUGAGAGCAGAUUAGUCUGUAAUAAUCACUGUAAAGUGGUGAUAAUAAUGAUAUUUCUUAUGUACAUGUACCCAGGGUAGCCACUCUAGCUUUUAUGACCUGUUAUCCCAGCUGGCCGUACAUAACAUCAUGUUAUUAUUACCCCUCUCCAUUUAUAUGUCAUCGUUCCCAUUUUUAAAAGUCUUUAGAAAGUCUCUGCCGUGAGAUCGAUCCCAUGACCUCCCAUUCAUGAGGCAAGAGCUCUACCACCGAAGCACCAAGUCAGAUGAAACUUGAAAUGCUCCCCAUGUCGCAAUAGGCAUAGUGAACUCUGUUGUAAACACUGCAUAAAAAUGUUGGAAAUUGAUUAAUCACAUAUUUAUGUAAUAUC